GCUUCUAGCCAAGUUGUGGACAAAUGUAGACCUUAUGGGUUCGAGCCCAUCGGCGGGAAAAAUUUAUAUCACAUUUUGCUUUCCUUAUAUUUCUUCUCAAAUGUCUAUCCAACACUUCAGUUACGAAAUUAGGGUUUUGAUUCCAUAAUUGCUGCCACGGAGUGCUAUUUCUCUCUUCUCAGGCAAUUUCCUCUGCCAAUUCUUCAUCAGUCUUUAUUCUCAGGCAAUUUCCUCUGCCAAUUCUUCAUCUGAAAAUAUGAUUCCUGCUCAAUUUUAAAGAAAUGGGUGAAGAGGACAUUCAACAAAUUACAAGAAGAACAACUCGGUCCUUUUCUUCCUCUGCUGCUACAGGCAAUGAGGCUGAGAAAACAAAAAUAAGUGAAUCGUACGCUCCCAACCUCAAAGAUCUCAUUUUUGGAGGGGAUCACCUUAGCUAUGACGAUCUGCUAUCUAGUUUUCCCACUAGAGGUGUCCAGAUUUCUCAGAUAGUACAUCUUUUGGGUCCCUUGAACGCCCCCAUGCUUCCUAUAUUUAUUUAUGGAGGUGCUUCAACUGGAAAAACCAGUAUUAUUCUCCAAAUUUUUAGACAUCUCAAUCGCCCUUUCGUUUAUGCAAGCUACCGGACUUGUUAUAGUCCUUGCCUCUUUUUUGAAUCCAUUUUAAAUCAGUUGUUGCUUUAUAAAAAGAAUGCAGUCAAUGGCUAUUCAAGUUCAAAACGCUGUGAAAAGCCAUCUGAUUUUGUUAAUUUUCUCCAUGAAUCUUUGCUGAGUGUCAUCAAUGAUCUCAAAGUGAACACAAGGAAAUUGAGCUCUAAUAAGUUGGCUGGGCAGCCCAAUGGAAGUAUGGUCUACUUGAUACUUGACAAUUUGGAGCUUGUUCGCGAUUGGGAUAAAAGUUCUACUAUAUUACCUUUUAUGUUUAACCUUUAUGAUAUUUUGAAGAUGCCUGAAGUGGGACUCAUAUAUAUUAGCAAUACUUCACCUGAUACAUAUUACUCCAAUGUGGGAUAUGUGGAGCCCAUUCCUGUUUAUUUUCCUGAAUACACAGAAGAAGAUCUUCGCCAAAUUUUCUUGAGAAACCAAGCAAAUCAAAAGCUCUACUCAUCCUUUCUUGAUGUUGUCCUCAAACCAUUUUGUAGAGUUACCAGACGAGUAGAUGAUUUAUCUACUACCUUUUCAUCAUUGUUUAGAAAAUAUUGUGAACCCUUGAAUGACUUGGAACAUGUACCCAAUGAAGAGAUGAAGAGAAGGUUGUUCAGUCAUUUUCAACCACACAUUGCCCUUUCUUUGAAUGAGAUAUUCGAGGUUCACUCUUGGCCUCUCCUUGAAGUUGAAUCCAACAAGGAGAAAAAGCGGAAAAGUAGCAUAAGAAGCAGUGAAUAUUUUGCUGAGUUAGAUUUUCAUAUGUCUACUUCUGCAAAGUAUCUUCUUAUUUCAGCAUUCCUGGCUUCAAGAAACCCAGCUACUCUCGAUGCAUCUUUGUUUGAUUCAACUGUGGGUUCAGAUAGUUACAAACGUAAGAGAAAGGCUUCUGUAAAAUCAAUGGAGCAGAAGGAAGCUGCAGAACAGGAAUUACUUGUGAAAGGACCUGGAACUUUCCCAUUGGAGAGGUUAUUAGCUAUAUUUCAAUGUAUAUCGUCAGUAGCUGAAGGUCCACUUGAUGAAGAAUAUGACAAUGAUGUGCUAAGAUUUGAAAGUGGGGAUAGUGGGUUCAUGUCUGAUGUUCUAAUGCAAUUGUCCAGCCUCUGCAAUGCUAAUUUUAUUAUUAAAGGAGGAAGCUGCCCUUUGGAGGGUUCAACUCGGUAUCGGUCUACGAUUACUGAAGAUAUGGCUUUGAAGGUAGCUAGGAGCCUGAAGUUCCCUCUGCCAAACUACUUGUACAGAAGAUAAUGUCAAAUGUGGUCAUUAAGCAUUCUUCAGAGAUCAAACAUACAGAAGCUUGAGAGGUGGUUUGCUGCUGGCGCCGAAGCCUUUGGCAUUUGCCUGCAGUUGACAUGUUCUUGAUGGAUUACUGUUUGGGUUUUGCAAGCUUGUGGGGAGGAGAGAAGGGGCUUUUGAGUUCCAUGGAGAAGGUUUUGCGAGGUAGAGUGGUGAUCUGUGUGAACAAACAAGAGCAUUCAUACUGGUAAAAAAAAACGAGCAUUCAUGGUUUUUUAAGCUAUAUUUUGCUUUUCAUCAGCCCCAUAUGUGUCUGUUAUUAACUUCUCAUGGCUGGUUAUCUUAUCCGAACCUAAACGUAUGGUGGUUGGCGUGCUGUUAAUUUCCUGAGAUAUUUCUUGGUUUACUUAUUAUGAUAUGAUAUUCUUUUUUGGAA